AUGAUUUCACUUGGGGUAUACUACAUUGCAUUUCCAUCUUUUAUCGAUCAUGCAUUUAUUUCAUAUACGACCGAAUCCUUCGUUUCAAUCAACGAGAUCAUACCAGAACUUGUUGAAUAUAUUAAAGGACACUUAAUACUAAUCAAUUCAUUUGUCACUUCCUAUGAUUUACUCAGAGAAAUUGAUGAUAGAUUUUAUUCUGUAUUGCCAUUAUUCUUUUUGCACCCACUUCUAAUAAGAUCAUCAAAAUACAUAUUAUCCAUUCUCACCCAAUCAGUAAAAAUCCUAUCAGCUAUAGAAGCUGGAGAUAAAACCGAAAUUUUCAAUAAUUUAUGCAACGACGUUGUAUCUGCUUCAUUAGCAAUAAUUAAACAUGAUUCAAAAAUACAUUACACGCAAGAACGUACUCAUUUGCUUCUUUUAAUUGUUCAAGGAGAAUUAAUUGACAAAGGAAACAUAGAAAUUCAAAACGCAUUCAAUAAUGUUAUUCAAUUUGAAAAUCCUAAUCUUAAAAACAUCUUUGAUAUAGUAAAUGCUACAGAAAAUUUCGAUAAUUUGUAUGAUGAUUUAAUAAUACAAGCAUUUGAAGCAUUGGCAAACGAAAUUACCGAAAAAACAGAUAAUAUUAGAAUAUCUGCAAUGAGAUUAAUGACAAAACUCUUAGAAAAAGAUUCAAAUAGAUUUAGUUCAAUUUUUCUUUGCGAUGAUUCAAUAGAAUACAUACAAGACAUUAUAAAAAUAAUAAAUAAUGGUACAGCAAAUGAGUUUAAGCAUGCAGGAAAACUCUUGUCGUUCAUUAUGCAAAGAUUUCCACAAUUAUUUGCAAAAGAAAUUUGGUGGACGACCAACGACCCGAAUGACGUGAAUUUACCGAAUGCAAUUGAUAAAUUCAUAUUAUAUAAACAGUCUAGGACACAGUCAUUCUUUCUUGGACUCGAAUGCAUCGCUUCUUUCAUGAGAAUUGAGAAUAUUGAUUCACAACCUUUCAUAGAAGCAUUAGUCAACAUAGGAAUCAAAGAAAAGAUGGAAGAAUAUAUAGAUGAUGAUCCUGAUGAUGAAUUGGCACCAUUUGUAUAUGAAGAUCUAUUCGGAGAAUAG